AUGAGCCCAUUUCCGUUCCGUCAAUUGACCGAAACGCAACGGACGGCCAUCCACUACCAUAUCGGCUUUUCGCAAAAGUUUCUGCUCCGGCGGGUUGCAAAGGAAGCCGUUUCGAUCCGUGACGCGCUGAACGUGUUGAGCGGGUCGUUUUCCGUACAUCACCUGAGAUCAACGGCGGAGCAAUUCCUGACGCUGCUUCGGGCCGAACGGCAGUUAGUCCGGCAACCAACGGAGCCAGAAUAUCGACUGCCCGACGCGAUACACGAGGUUCUGCGAGCGAAUAUUGGCGACAACGACGAGGUGCUCAUUUACCGGCAUUCACAUCUGUGCCCAGUCCGACCUGACCGUGGUGCUGGAGAUGCCCGUCGUUAUGAUCGCAUCCAAGUCCAUAUUGCCCAGAAUCGACGCGGCCGAUGGAAUCUGGACGAGGAGAAGAAGAAGAAGACGUGCGCUGGCGAGACGCACGAAUGGGAAAUCAUGUGGUCUAGCCGUCUUUCGAUUGACGCU